AGUUUGUAACACACAAGCGUUAAGUCGUCGGAGUACGUAAUAAUACGUAUAUGAUUCAAUCUUGUUGUUAAUUUCCUUGAUUUGCAAAACAAUUAUAUAACUUAUUUUUUUUUGGUUUACUAGUAGUAGCUCAUUAUUAUUUUAAAGAUUAGCUGAAAUUCUUCUUUACGUAAUAUUUAUUUCUUACUGAAACUAACCAACUAUGGUGUGACGAAUUUUAACUCAAAAGUUAUACCAUUAACAAGACGAAAGUAAUCCACUGUAUAUAAAGUAAAAAUUAUCCGUAUUCCGAAUAUCCAAAUCUUAUUAUAAAAAAAACUUAAUCAUAUAUUUGUUUGGUUUUAUUAGUAACAAAUCUGUAAUAAAAGUUAGUAUUUCCCCCUAAAAAUAAACAAGAAUCAUAUAAAUUCUAAUUCAUCAGGGAACAUGAAAUAGCUUUUAUCCAGUAUAUGCACUAAACGAAAACGCAUGAGAGCAACGAGAAGAUAGAACCGCAUAGCAGAGCAGAUCAGAGCAUCCAGAUGCAUUAGACCACCUUCAACGGUGGCUCUUAAUGAGAGUUCUUAAACUAAAAGCAAUUAAAAUUAAAUCAAAACAUCAAAUAAAACUAAGAAACAGCUCUUAGUUAGAACUUAGAAGGUCUCAUCGUGUGGAUCAUAUCAAAGAUCUUUUGUUCAGUUGUUCUUCAAUCUUAGUCUAGACUUGGAAAACACUUUAUUAGCAUUUUUUUAAUGAUAAGAUAAUAAUAUCUGGAUAAUUCGAUCAUGAUUUUUAGUUUUUAACCCAAUAUUACAUGUUCCGACUUCUGAGAUGGAAAGUUGAUUUUUUUUUUUUACUUAACACUGUAUACAUACUUAGAAGGUUGUUUAAAUUUGAAACAAUAAUUAUUACUCCCGACUUUUUAACAAUAAUAACUUUUUAACAAUUACAGUAUUAGUUUGGAAAACUUCGCCUGUGUUGUUGACUCCCAAAAAAAAAAGAGCGUUGACUGUAUUUUUUUACUUGUGCAACCAUAAUUAAAUCAUUCAAUUUAUAGUUUUUUUCGGAUUAACAUUUCUAUUCCAAGAGCUUAAUAAAGAAAUCAGUUUAAAUUCUUGAAACUCGCGCUCUCUCUUUCUUUCUUUCACCAGGCGUCGUCUUCUCGAGAACGACGACUCCGUCAGAGUCCCAAGAACCGCACGCGCUUCUUCUCCGCGUCUUGGGAAGACGCACAAAUGGCAGUGAAAAUUAGGCGAGACUCUCUGAAACCAGCACGUUGUACGAGUCUUCAUCAACUAGCGUAUCCUUACCGAUUCAAUUUCACGGCGAAAAAUUCGUUGGAAAAGGCUGAGAUUGAACGUCGUCGGAAAGGUAAACAAAUUGUUGUGGCUGAUGAUGGAGAAAGAAUCGAAGUGGGUAAUCGUUGUGAAAUAGGAGAAGCGAGUAAUGCGGCAGCGAUAAGAGGCAGGACUGGAGAACAAAUUAUUGACAUAGCCUCUUUGACUGGUCAAAAUAGAGAAGAUCUCUGCAAAACAGAUCAACAAAUGCAGACUGAUGCAGUUUAUAAAGAAGCCCUUUUAAGUGCAAGAAAUAUCGUUGCUUUGGUGGUGAUCUUUCUGGCCACAGUAGGAUGUACUACAGGGUUAAAUCCACCAGGAGGGCUUAACAAUGAUGGAAAGGCAGUCUUAGGAAAGGAGAUAGCUUUCUUCAUCUUCAUGCUUGCGGUUUACACCAUGGUUCCUGUUUGCAUAAUAACUCUUGGUCUGCUUUGCGGUGUCACACCACGAAGCCAGAAAGUGCAGAGAAACACAUUGAAGCUUUGCCAUACCUUCAUGUGGGUUGGAUUGAUAGCAUUCGCUGUGGCCUUUGUUUCCGGAAGUUGGUUAAUUGUGCCAAGCGAUAGAUGGUGGUUAAAACUGAUUGGUGCGUUAGCCACACUUGCUGGAAUGACUAUUCUCAUGUCUUUCAUAUGGUCAAAGACAGCCAGAAAACAACUUAGGCGCUUCUCUUUCUGUAAAUUGGAUGGUUCAUCUGAUGAUGACGAACCAGCAGCUCCUAUGGUUACUACCAACAACCCCAAGUAGCAAUGGGAUUUUUGAUAUGUUGUUGGUGUAUAUAAUGGGACUUUUUUGAUAUGUGUAUAUGAGGGGAGUUCUGAUAUGGUAGGAUUUUGAUCUGUUAUAGGUACUGAUUGAUUGAGUGCACGAUUGAUGUAUACUUUUGCUCUGUUCAGCUUCUAGUUGAUGAAGAAGUUUUGACUCUC